GAAUAAGACAAAAAACUUCAGACUGAAAAAACUGCAUUUACAACAAAAAGGGAUAUACAGUAUAUUCCAUGAGAUAUGUUUGCAGAAUAAAACAGAAGGAAGCUUGAGGUUUGUGUAACAAACAGCUCAAAGGGUAAUAUAGAUGUGUACAGGCCUAAAGAAAAACUUUAUGAUACGACACUGAGAUUUCAUCCAUCCUCAAAAUGUCUCUGAAACUGCCAAGGACCUGGGAACUCAACUUGAAACCUGAUUUCGGGAAAAUAGUCCGUUCAGUCAGCAUGAUGACAACCUUCAAUAAUGUCAACCAUAAUUCUUUGGAGAAACCAGUGAAAAGCGGUUGGUUGAAGAAACAACAGAGAUCAAUUGUCAGAAACUGGCAGCAAAAAUAUUUUGCAUUGAAAGGACAAUAUCUGUAUUACUAUAAGGAGGAAGUUGAUGUCAAGCCACAGGGUUGCCUAUUUUUACCAAGAAGCACAGUCAAUGAAGUUUCAUCGAACCCUGAAGAUGUGGGAAAGUUUAUCUUUGAGAUUAUUCCAGGAACCAGCACAGAGCAGAAUAAACCCAUUUCUGAUUCCUAUGUGCUAAUGGCAAAUUCACAAAGUGAGAUGGAGGAGUGGGUGAAGGCUCUUAAGAAAGCAGCUGGAGUUCCUCCUGGAGUUGUGUUUGGCCAACGAUUGGCAGACACCAUAAUUUACGAGAAAAAAUUUGGAAGGCACCCGGUCCCCAUAUUAAUGGAGAAAUGUGCAGACUUUAUCCGAGAACAUGGGCUGAAUGAGGAAGGGAUAUUCCGGCUUCCUGGGCAAGAUAAUCUAGUCAAGCAACUGAAAGAGGCUUUCGAUGCAGGAGAGAGGCCAUCAUUUAGCAGGGAUACUGAUGUCCAUACUGUAGCAUCAUUGUUUAAACUUUAUCUCAGGGAGUUACCUGAGCCCGUCAUCCCAUGUUCUCAGUAUGAAGACUUUCUCACGUGUGAGAAGACUAUCAGUAACGAUGAGGAGCAGGGUGAUAAGGAACUAAUAGAGCAAAUUUCACUUCUUCCUAAAGACAAUUACAAUCUCCUCAGCUUUAUUUGCAGGUUUCUUAAUGAGGUAGAAAAAUAUUCUGGUGUUAAUAAGAUGAGUGUUGAUAAUUUGGCUAUGGUCAUCGGAGUGAAUCUUCUCAAGCCACAAACAGAGGAUCCAGAAAUCAUAAUGAGAGGCACCCCGCAGAUACAGAAACUCAUGACUGUGAUGAUCAGUAAACACGAGAAGUUAUUUCCUAAAAUCAAUGAUCUGCUUGAAGAAUCUACACGUCCGAAGAGUAUGUACAAAAAGGCAGUGCUUCCAAGGAGUUCAGUGGGAUGGGAUGCAGCAGAAGAGAGUGCUUUGUCGCCUAUAGGAGAUCUAACCAAAAGACCAUUGGGAGACACAAGUGAUUCCUAUGGCUCUUCUGUCUUAGAUGCACAAUUAUCACCACUCAAAAACACUGAUAUCUUCAUUAAAGACCAUGGAGACUCAUGGGAAACUAUUCCCAGAAAACGAACUCAAACAAUUCCAAUUACACUUUCUUACAAACAGGGAGAAAGCAAUGGCACCUCAUGCAAAGGGGAUAUAUUCAACAGUGAGUUCUUUUCACCGACCACUGGACGUGAGGGCUGCAAUUUGUUUACCACUCCGGGGCAUAAAAGGACAUUGUCAGAAGAAUAUGGGUCCAACCGUAAAUCAGCUUAUGAUAAUGUUCCUUUUUCCCAAGGUGAAAGUUUAAAUUGCUCAUGCCCUUGUCCAGUUGAUGUGGAGUCCAGGAGUAGUAAAGAAGAGAAGUUCGGGCGGCAAAACUCAAAUAACCUGAAACACAAUAUUCCUAACUCAGAGACUAUAAGUAAAGACUGCACCAGUCAUGGUCUAUCUUCUAACCUGGCUGACCUGUAUAAAGAAAUGGAAGUUCAAAAUAAAGAGCUUGAGGAACGGAUACAAAGCCUAGAGAAAGAUAACUUUGACGUGUGGAAAAAGGUGGUGAAGUUAAAUGAAGAACUGGAAAAAGAACGAAACACACGAGCUGCACUGGAAAUAAAACUACGGAACAUAGAAAGGUCACGGGAUGAUGCAGAAAAAAGGAACAAGCGCUUAGAGGAAGAGAUUCAGGGAUUUGUAAAAGCGAUGAGCAAAGCAGGCACUAAGUCAGAGUAGAUGUUCAGCAGUGUAAAGUCCUUUCUUGGACUUUGGAAUGUUAAUAAAUUAAUAUAUUUUGAACAGAUGCUUUCGAAAGAGACUUUGUAUACUUACUUUAUGUUCAUUUAAAAAUAGCAAAAAGGACUACAGUUCACUCGGAUACGCUUCUUCCACAAUAAUAGAGUUUUGUUUUGUUUUUUACUCAAAAGAAACCGUAUUUUAAUAACAGUCUGUAAACCAUACAUUAAAUUACAUUGCCUGCUAUUGUUUCAAUUUUAA